AUGACAGCAAUUUCCACAAUUCUAUUGGCGUUUUUCGGCCUUGCUUACUGCGGACACUAUGGUGUCGCAUCCGCAUUUGAAGUGGCCCCGCCGCUGACUCGCCCCGUUGGCGAAGGCACUUCACUUUCCCCCGAUCAGAAUGCAAACCCACAUUUAUCAGCCCUUCCUCGCUUCGGAAGACGCCUAAUUCGUCUUCAUGGUGUCCUCCAGCAAGACGACGCCGAGCUCCACGGGGAUGCCGGAGCCACCGAGCACUUUGCAAGCCUGCAGGUGCCUCUAGAAUCUUUCCUGCAACAUCAGUCAGACACUGAAAAAUCCGAGUCAAGUGAGUCCGAAGAACUAGGGGAAUCCUCAACAUCUGCAGGGGAUUCUCAUCACGGGACGCAUAAAGAACCCUCUCAAGCGGUCCCACAUGCAGGUGGAGCCCAUGGGGGAGGUCACGAAACCACAACAGCAUCUAAGAAGGAAGCCGGUACAAAGGCUACAGAAGAGUCCAAGGCCUUGCCAGAAGAGGAAGAAGGGAGCCAAACAAGUGCUGGGGAACAUGCUUCUCACACAGAUGCUGGGGCGUCCAGCAAAAGCCAUGCAGAAGGCGUAGGAGGAAGCUCCGAAACAGCCUCUCAAAAAGAGAAAGGCGAGCACGAAACAACCUUAAAAGAGCCUGGCCAUGGAAGCAAAACUAUCAGUGCACAUGAGAAGGCGAAGCCGCAUGAACCUGGCCAUGAGGAAGAAGGAAUCAGCGAACACGAGGAGGCAAAGGCACACAAGCCUGGCCAUAAGGCAGAAGAAACCGCCAAACACGAGGAAAAGGCACACGAACCUGGUCAUAAUGUAGAAGGGAUAAGCGAGCACGAGAAGGCGAAGCCACACGAACCUAAGCAUGGGGAAGAAGGAAUCAGCAAGCAUGAGGAAGCAAAGGCAAAAACCCACAAACCUGAACACGGACCAGAAGAAGUCAGUCUAGAGGCGAACUUUGACUUGCUAAUCAAUCGACUUCGCCCCUUACUCAAAUCAGCAAAAGGCAAGGAGCUUUAUGGAAGGCUAGUGACGAUCCUCGAUCUGCACGAAAAGACUUUAGAGGCGGAGGAGGAACUCAAAGAAGAGGCAAAGAAAGAAGAGCCUCAAGAAGAAGCUCUGAAGGAAAGUAUCGUCCCGAGCGCCGCUACUCAGGAGGUGAGGACAUUGUUUUUCUAA